AGAACGUUGCGGUGGAUGACUUAUCGAAGAAUAAGGAAAACGUCGAUACGAAAGGCGGAGGAGAGAAUAAUAAGAGGAGUAUCGAGGUGUAACGGGUACAUCGAUAAGAAAAAACGGAGAGAGAACUCGAAGUGAAAAACAGAUAAGGCAUCGGCAACGAAGACAAAGACACGGGGACUAUCUCUCUGUAUCGUACGUGCGCCUUGUUCUCUUGAAAGCACGCGCUUUAAACCGCGCGGAGAGAAGAAUAGAAUAGACGUCGAACGAAGUCACGCGGUUGAGAAAGGUGGAUUUUAACACAGAGAGAGAGAAAGAGAGAGAGAGUUAAGGCGUUCGAAGGUUCGAGAAGAAAAAAAAAAAGAUACGCGAACGCGUGAAUGCCCUUUAAAAUGCGCGCUUAUCUGAGAACCGGAGGAGCGCCGAGAGAAUACAAGAUAGACAUCAGAUAGUCGCAGAGAUCUCCGGUGCGAAGGAGAGAGCAAGGAGGCGUCUUACGGUGGAAGUAGAACGAUAAGACAUCACGAAGGAAAAAAAAGACUCUCGGGUACUCUUUAAAGCGCGUACCUUUUCGCAAAGCCAUUUCUAGACCGGACUUGGACCUCAAGUCUUCGAAACGGUGAGUGAAUCGCGAUUUCGGCAAGCGCAGAGUUCACAAAGUCGUUCGCAAAAGGCGAGCGUCACGCGAUAUGCGCCGUCUUCUUCUCGUUAUCGUUUGCUGUUGUCGCCGGACAGCGGCCGUGCGGAACGAUGCGUCGCGCGCGUAACCGCCAGGCUUGAUCGCGGCUGCCGGCGCGGUGAAUGGAGAGAGCUAACACGGAUCACGCGACCGAAUGCAGUGAUGCAGUGCCGUAGUGUCAGUGACCAGUGCCACGUGCCGAUUGUUUGGAUUACUUGAAGAUGCCUUCGCCCGGCGGAUAUUAUGACGAGAGGAAUCCUCUGCUCAAGGGCACCUUAUCGAGCGUGGACCGGGACCGGCUCCGGGAGCGAGAACGACAGGCCCGCGCGGCGAUGUCGGUCCAGGCCGAGCAGGCGGGUGCGGGAGGUGGUUCUGAUCCCAGACACCAUCAUCACAGCCACCAUAACCACGCGCACAGCAACUUGCACGCGUCUAGCUCAUCGCUCUUCCGUGCUCCUGUCAGGGUGAACUCCGAUAAUCAGGAUCGCACCACGCAUGAGAUCCAGUUGAAGCUGGGUAACUACUCGCUGGUGAGGCACCUGCUGGACGACCCGAAGCGCCUCAUCGGCAUCGAUGGCAUCCCGCCGAGUCCGGCGCCCAUCACCCCGUCCUCGCCUAAUCCUUCCGCGUACAAGAGCGGCUCCAGCUCCAGGAGUUCGCCGGCUCCGCAGGAGUUCAAGAAGCCUGGUGGACUCAGAGCGAACAUCUCGUCUUCCACCACCUCCGGCGCCAGCAUCCCCGGCGCCUCCGGCAACAGCGCCUCCGGUGCCAGCACCUCCAGCCAUCAGCGAAGCGGUUUCGUCAAACCCGCCGACGGUAAGCUGCCCCAUGUCUCUAGGGGCUGCUACCCUAGUCACGCGGUCAAGCACGCCGGCAACAGCGGCAACGAUCAUCGCAACCAUGGCUUGCCCCCGGCCAAGGCCGGCCCACCUUCGCACAGCUCGUCGUCGGUGAUCGCGGCCGGCAGCCGCAUUCACACGUUCGGCGAACGACUGCCCAGGUUACCUCUCGAUAACGCGUCCAAUUCGCGGUACGAGCCAGUCGAGAAUUCGACGGACGUGGAGAAUAUACUAAAGGAGAUGACAGUGCCGCUCACGCCUUUGACAGCGAUCGCGCAAACACCACGGAAGGAGCUCGAGUCCAAGUUCACCUUCAACACCCAUCUGCCGAGGUUGGCGGACUUCCCCGUGAUGGAGCUGCCCAAACAACAACGCGAGAGGCACGCCACCAGCAGACCUUCCGCUGAUCUCGAGAAGGAUCUGAGCCUGUCUGAGGACAGCGAGGAUGAGGCGGAUAAGGAAAUAUCGACGAGAGCGGCGAGAGAAACCAGGAGUCCGGAGCUUUCGGUCAAACUAGCAACGCCGGUGAUGCUGGCGAUGGCACCGGCGCCGCCGCCUGUGGCGCCCAUGUCGCCGAUGGGUAUAUCACCCAUGCGUAUGUCACCGCCACAGACGCUUAGUCCGCACCGGUACCUGUCGCCGCCGAAGCAGGUAACGGCGACGCCGAUUCCGGAAGCAGUGCUGUCCUCCCCAGCGGCGGAUCCUCCGCCGCCCAAAUGCUCGCCACCGGCGACUCUGCCGAGCCACCAUCAGAGGCCACCCAGUCCGCCCGGUCAGGCGCCACCGAGUUCCGGAAGCGCCAGCUCGAGCUCAGACUCUAGCGGGGACUCCGGCUCGGACAGUAGCGACGAUUCCGAGGAUGACGAUGACAGGUCGGCGGCACAGCCUACCAAGGGGCCGUCGACGCCGCCGUCGGUGUCGCCCAAGUUGGAUAAUCUCGUGGAGGAACCUCCGCCCGCCAUGGAGGAGUCGAAGCGCCGUUGGGACCUCAGUUCCUUCUUCAACAAGACUGCGGCGGUGCAGCAUGGCGAGCAGAAUCCUGAGACCAAACCUGUUCAGGACAACGCGAGGCGAGAAGGCACUCCCGAGGCAGCGACGAAGGAGACCAGGCCGCACCGAGAACAGCCCCACGACUGGAAACUAGACGAGGCCUUAAAGAGAACUCACAACGCGACGAUAAUAAGUCUGCUGAGCGACAGCGACCACCAGUCCGAUCAGGGCAAGAGUCAGCUGGCCGAAGGCAAUCGCUCGCAGACGGAGAAAACGACGAAGGUCGCCGAUAACAAGAAACGCGGCCGGCCCAGGAAGUCCAUUAAGAGUCCGAAGCGCAACGAGCGCACGCCCGAUGAGAACCUGAAGGGCGGCAAGUCGCGUAGCAGGACGAGAGUUGUCAACAACAAUAACAGUAACAACAACAACAACAACUCGGUGAAGAAGAAGCAGCCCAAGUCGAAGGCGACGUUAGCCACCAGCGACGAUAACAGCGACAGCGAUUCGAGAUCACAGGGUGUGUCCAGUGGCGGCUCCAUCAGCGAUCAUCAGACAACCAACAACGUGCCGGCGGUCGUGGUGGCAUCGAAGAGAAGCAGACUGAGCGUGUCGUCCAGCGACGAGGACAGCGCGUCCAACAGGAAAAACAAUAGUGCCUCCGAGAACGAGUCGGCGCGAUGGAGAGGGGUCGCCAUCAAGAGGAACAACAAGCUGACGGAUUCGCCGAAGAAGCAAGACAAGAGGAAGAGCUCGACUAAGGCCAAGCCGAGGAGACCAAGGUCACGGAUGAACAACGGUGACUCGGAUUCCGAGAGUGGGUCCGAGCUGUCGAGGAGUAACCGCAUCCAGGUUGCUAGAGUGCCACCCAGGCCUCGAGCGCCUCUCACCAGGGCGACGUCGGUGGAUAACUCAGACAGCGACAACGGCCAUGCGCCCAAGCUGCAGGAGGAGGACGCCGGCAACGUGCAGGACAAGAAGAAGAGCGAUACGCUGCGUAAACUCUUCUCGUCGUCGAAGGGCGGCGGUAAGGGCGGCGGUAAGGGUGGGAAGGGUGGCAAGGGCGGCGGUAAAUGCGGUAUCUACGUGGAGGAGUACACCAGCUCGAUGAACACACCGACCGGCGGUGACAGCCCGUACAAGAGGCCGUCGUCGCGCACGUCGUCCGGCAGCGCCGCACACUCGUUCCCGCCGCUCACAUACGGCGUGAACGGUGUGCCGCGCUUGAUAUGCAAAAUCGAUCUCAACAAGCUACCGCACAAUUGCGUGUCGCAAUUGUCGAGGGGGCAGGAGCUCAGGCAGCGCACUGAACUUCCCGAUACCAGGCCGUCCUCGAGGCAGGCUUCCAAUCUGGCGGCCCAGGCGAGGCCGCCCACACCGGAGGAGGGUGAGAUCGUGGACGCGUCGCCGUCCCAGCAGGUCAUCCAUCACACCGACGGUCUGCUGGGCGACGGUGAUGUCAGGACUCGUACUGUGAUCACGGCCGAGCUAAUGUCGUCGGACUCGAAGAGCGGCGGCAGCGCCAUGCUCGGUGGUGCUGCUGGCGGCGGUGCUGCUGUCGGUGGUAGUGGUGCUAGUGGUGCCAGUAUUGGUGGUAACGCGCUCAAGAGAAAACAUAGUCCGAGUUGUGGUUCGAUGGCGAGUUUAAGUACUGUGUGUUUGGACGCGAAAGCGAAGGGCUCGGUCGAGCGUGACAGGAAGAGGAGAAAAAGGGAACACCCGGAAAAGGACGGCCUGCCGUCUAGAUCUUCGUCGAGUCAGAGUGAUAUUCAGCCGACGAAUCACGAAAGGGACGAGAAACUAAACACGGCCUUGCUACCACCACCGCCGCGACCGCAGCGCAUCUACUAUUCUUACUUCAACACGCAUAAUGAUGUCUUGGAGGACCAGGAGAGGGACCAGAACCAGUACCUGACCGAAGCUAAACGACUAAAGCACAGCGCCGACGAGGAGUGCGAGCUUACGGCCCAGGGCAUGUUAUACCUGGAGGCUGUUCUAUACUUCCUGCUGACUGGCCACGCCAUGGAGUCGGACCCUGUCACAGAAAGAGCGUCCUUCACCAUGUACAAGGAUACUCUUAGUCUCAUUAAAUACAUCUCGUCGAAAUUCAAGAGCCAGCCGAACGACUCAUCCGAGAACAGUAUACACAACAAGUUGGCCAUCCUGAGUCUCUGGUGCCAGUCCCUCAUAUACUUGAAGCUCUUCAAGAUGCGCAAACAAGACCUGAAGGAGUACCAAAAGAUAAUCAACGAGUACCAUCAAAAGGCGUCGCAAUCGGCCCAGACGCCGCAGGCAAUGCAGCAAGAGGGACAGGCGACCCCUUCCUUGUCGCCCACACCAUCGCCUGCGGGUUCCGUAGGGUCCGUCGGCAGCCAGAGUUCUGGUUACAGUAGCGGUGAACUGGUGAACCGAGGUGCUGCGAACCAGAAUCCCAUCCCACCGGUCGUACCGCCAGUCCCAUUUAUCAGCGUGCCACUGGCCGUUCACAACGCGAUGGCGAAGCAGAGUCACCAGUUCAGCUUCCUGAUAAACUGUCACGACCUGUGGGACCAGGCAAAUGCUAUGGUUACAGAUAAUCAUAGGGAUUUCUUUAUCGAGCUGGACGAGAAGCUGGGACCCCUAACGCUGAAGAGCUCGUUGCGCGAUCUUGUGCGUUACGUUCAAGCCGGCAUAAAGAAGUUACGAGCUCUCUGACCACAGUGGCACAGCCCCCGACCACCCACCCCGAACUACAUUACCUCCCUUCCGCAGAACAUGGUUACUUACCCGACCAUGUUCACGUAGUUGCGCGACGUUACGACGACGAUCAUCAUCCUCGGCAACGAACAAUCGACCGACCGGACGAAGGAUACGCGCGAGAAGGAGUUGACACGGUGAUGUAGCGAAGUCACGGACUGUUUUCUCUGAGAGAAGCGUGGUCUCAGGGGUGCGACACGAAUCGAUUAAUCGACGGGUCACCACAGACGAAGAAGCGGAGCAGGCGGCAGUAAAUGAAGCAAUUCGUAAAGUCUUUCUCUUAGGCGGGCGAUUCGAAUGACACGUCGGGGCAUUUUUGAGAUAAAUUUAGCAUCAAGUUAUAUUAGUCAAUUGCGAAGCGCGUGCCUGAAGGGGCCGUGAGGAGGCGAUGAUGGGGAGGAAGGGAGGGAGCGGCUGGCGGAAUUCGCUGAUCUUAUCCACGGUGCAUAGAACGUACGAAUGAACCUCGUGCACUUUGUUUAGAGCACGUGUUACUUACUCUCGAGGCAGCAAAGAACCGUCGGCAUCCAUCCGACCAACCGAUCCCACACCACCUCCUCCACGAGGCGGAGCGAGAUAUCGAGGCAAAUGCGAGCGAUGCGCGAGGAUGCGCGUUAGGUUAUAGACACGAGCUAUACCGAUGAUUUGUCUCUAUUUUUAUGAAAUGUCCGCUUUUGUAAGUUAACCGCAGUAGAUAUCGACGCGAGGCGAAAAACGAAGUUGAGCGUGAAGAAGAAAGAGGGGGAGAAAUAGGGUAUGGGGAGGGAGGGAGGACCGAGAGGGAGCGUGAGGGUGAAGUGAAGGAAUCACGAAGGGGUAGUAGAAGUGCCACUGACGCCCGUGUGUUCUCGCUUCACGGUGCGCCACAGCCGACGUUACCUGAAGCAUGAGUCUCGUUUCGACGAUUCGAGUGCGAUGAAUACGCAAAAAAAUAUACAUAUUUAAUAUAUUAUAUAUUAUAGUUUAUUAUCUAUAUAAAUAUAUACAUAG